AUGAAUGGGCACAAGAAAUACAUCUGUGAUAGAUGCCUCCAUUACUUCUCAACCAUCGAAAAGCUGCAGUCCCAUGAGGUGGAUUGCGGUGUUAUCAACGAUUGUGCCGUUCGACUACCAGCUGAGAACGACAAAUGGUUGGAGUUUACCAACGCGAAUCGGAAGGAGCGUCUCCCGUUCGUGGUAUACGCCGAUCUCGAAUGUAUCUUGGAGAAGACCAGCGCUGAAGAGAGAGAGAAAAACAAGAUCUAA